AUGGCGACCUCAAAACUGAAGCUUUUCAUGAUGAAUUCGUGUUCAUCAAGGUCAAUAACAGGCUUAAAUGCAAUUCAACUUCGUGAUUCUUUAUUCAGUUCAUUUUGUACCUUGAUUGAAUCCCCAAAAACUGAUGAUCCAUUAGAGGUGACUGAAUCUCCUGAACUUCCAAAUUGGGUUAGAAUUUCGGAAAACAAUAAUACCAAGAUCACGAAAACCCCUGAGGACGAUUUUGUCCUCCCUUCAUUAUCUUCAUGGAUGGAAAAUUACAAACGAAGUGAAUCCAAAGAACAGGAUAAAAUCACAGUAAGUAAUGACACCGAGAGUGAUGUAAAAAAAAUAACUAAACUUCUGGUGAAGCCCUUUGAAUCACUUGAUUCUGUCAUACAAGUUUUGAACAACUCUGGUGUUACACCAUCAGAAUAUUUAGUUUCUCAAAUCUUGAAAAGAUUUGAUAAUAACUGGAAAUCAGCUUAUGGUGUUUUCAUUUGGGCUGAAUCCCAAAUGGGUUCCAAGUUUUCACCCGAUAUGUAUAACUUAUUGGUACACUCUUUGGGAAAAUCAAGAAAGUUUGAUCUCAUGUGGGAAGUAGUGGAAAAAAUGGUUCAUCUUAGUUAUGUUACAGUCAACACCAUGGCAGAAGUCAUAAGAAGACUUGGAAAAGCCGGAUCCCAUGAAGAAUCCAUUAAUACAUUCAGAAGAAUUGAACAAUUCGGGGUUAAAAAAGAUAUUUCAACAUUGAACAUGUUGAUCGAUUCAUUAGCAAAAGAGAAGAAUGUGGAACGUGCAAAUGAUAUAUAUCAAGAAUUCAAGAACGAAAUCCCUCCAAAUUCGCAUACUUUUAAUUCAUUAAUACACGGGUGGUCUAAAGCUAGGAACUUUGAAAAAGCUCAAACCACCAUGGAAGAAAUGAAGGAACAUGGGAUUUGUCCCGAUGUUGUCUCCUAUACGUCUUUAAUAGAAGCUUACUCUCGUGAAAAGGAUUUCAAGAAAGUUGAUGAAAUUCUUGAAGAAAUGCAAGAAAAAGGGUGCCCUCCAAAUGUCAUCACAUACACGAUUGUCAUGCAUGCCCUUGGUAAAUCAAAAGAAAUCGAAAAAGCGUUGAACAUUUACGAAAAAAUAAAGUCAAAUUGCAUCCUCGAUACAUCUUUUUACAAUUCGUUAAUCAGCAUUCUAUCAAAAUCUGGGAGAUUGUUGGACGCUCGCCAAGUGUUCGAUGAAAUGCCUAGUCAAGGAGCUACACACGACACGCAAUCCUACAACACCAUGAUCACUAGCUUUUGUGGAAACACACAAGAAGAGGAUGCACUUAAGAUGCUACACGAAAUGGAAAUGAAUAAUGUGAAGAUGGACUUUGACACAUACGCUCCAUUGUUGAAGAUGUGUUGUAAGUUGAAGAGAAUGAAGGUGAUUUCUUUUUUGUUGAAUCAUAUGUUGGAGAAUAAUGUGAGUGUGGGAAUUGGGACUUAUAGUCUUUUGGUUCGUGGGUUGUGUAAGAGUGGGAAAGUUAAACAUGCGUGUUUGUUUUUGGAGGAUGCGGUUAUGAAAGGGUUUGAGGUUUAUGAUACGAUGUUUAAGGUUUUGGAGAUGGAGCUUGAGAAACAGGGGAUGAGUGAAGAGAAAAAGAGGAUUCAAGAAUUGAAACACUUCCGGCUUGGUUUAGAGGCAAUCAUAUAA